AUGGCCGGCGCUCGGGCGCUCGUAGCCGCCUGCUGCUGCUGGUGGUGGCUGGCGAAAGCCGCCGCCACCGAGCUAGAUCUGCUGGGCGCGCUGUCGCUCCACAACACGUCGCACGCCGGCGUGAGCGUCGCGCCGGGCAUGCAGCCGCAGCGCACCGCCUACACCCUGGAAGGUGAUACGCGGUCGCUGCAGGUGGAAGGCACGGCGUUCGAGCGCGCCGCUGAACUUUUGCGACGCUCACCGGAGUUCACUAUUCUCGCCGCACUGCGUCAGGAGCCAGCCAACUCUGGAACGAUACUAUCCUUCUCUCAUGGGUACAACAGGUACUUGGAGGUGCAGUCGAGCGGUCGACGGGACGAGGUGCGUUUGCACUACGUGGCGGCAGGGGCAUCGGUGCCGCGCGUCGAGACCUUCCCAUUCCGGCUGGCGGAUGGGGCGUGGCACAGGCUAGCGCUGGCCGUAUCCGGUGCGCAGGCGACACUGCUGGUCGACUGCCACCCGCUCUACCGCCGCCUCAUACCACCGCCCGACCGCAACUUCACCCAACCGCAACUUGCCCUAUGGGUCGGGCAGAGGAAUAGCAAACAUUCCCUUUUUAAGGGCACCCUCCAAGAUGUAAGAUUAGUGAGCGGGCCUCACGGUUAUUUGGUGCAAUGUCCCGGACUAGAUUCGGAGUGUCCUACGUGUGGACAGUUUGCAUUACUGCAGGCGACUGUACAAGAACUGACGUCGCAUAUCCAUGACCUAUCGCUUAAGUUGGUGGGUGCCGAAGCGAGACUAGCUCGGUUAGAACAAUGCGACUGUCAAAAGUCGUGUUACUCGAAUGGGACGGUACAUGCGGACGGUGCUACGUGGCAGAGAGACUGUAACCGCUGCUCCUGCGUGCACGGAGAAAUAACGUGCAGGCCAGUAGAGUGUGAUAGAGUAGAAUGUAAGAAUCCUGUCUUACAUCCAGGAGAAUGUUGCCCUACGUGUUUGAGACGGUGCCUUCUGCAAGGCGAGCUGUACGAGCAUGGGGAUCGGUACACGCCUAAAGAGUGCGCGGAGUGCGUGUGCCACGAUGGCAACAUGCAGUGCACGCGAACCGACCCCGAAACCGCGUGCCCACCCCUACCCUGCGACCCAGCAGACCAGUUCACCGUUCCCGGCGAGUGUUGCAAGUUCUGCCCAGGUGUGGAUUAUUGCAGUAUGGGACACUCGUGUGACGAGAAUGCGACGUGUAUGAAUCUCAAUACAAAAUACACAUGCAAAUGUAACCAGGGAUUUCGUGGCGAUGGAAUAACCUGCGAAGAUGUCGACGAGUGUCAAGAGGCGGGCGGUCGUUUCGGCCACCACUGCCACUCCUUUACGCGUUGCGUCAACGUGGUCGGAAGCUACGUGUGCCAGUGCUUGCCGGGCUACACGAGAAGGGACAAAUUCAAUUGCGUCGAGGUGGACGAGUGUGUGGGCGAAGCGCACGGCUGCCACACGGAAGCUGUGUGUACUAACACACCUGGUUCCUACACAUGUCAGUGCAGAGACGGUUACACUGGUGACGGCUAUACUUGCACGCCGAUCUGCACGGGGGGCUGCCUGAACGGGGGCACGUGCUCGGCGCCCGAGCGGUGCUCGUGCCCCCGCGGCUUCGGGGGCGCGCGCUGCGAGCGCGACGCGGACGAGUGCGCUGCCGCCGGCGCGUGCGUGCCCCGUGCCCUUUGCGUCAACACGCCCGGCUCCUACUACUGUGUGUGCCGCGACGGGUACCGGCGCGACCCGCAGCGCGACCACUGCCAAGGUUUAAUUCGUUUUAUUAUCGUUUCAGAUGUAGACGAAUGCACAGAAGGAUUUCACACUUGCCAUUCGAGUGCACGCUGCGUCAAUACAGAUGGUAGUUUCAAAUGUGAAUGUGACACCCAGCCUUGUGAAUUAAGCUGUUCGUGGCAGGGCCGCGUGGUGGCCGACGGCGCGCGUUGGGCGGAGGGUAGUGGCUGCCACGCCUGCUCGUGCAAUGCGGGCGUCGCAUCCUGCGUGCGCGCACCCUGCGCUUGCGACCUGCAUGGCAAUACCUCACUGACAAUACAAAGUGCGGAGGCGUCGCUGCCCGUGGCGCCGGCGGCCUGCUGCCCUCAUUGCGAGCCGCGGUACCGCUGUCGUCACCAAGAGAUGCACCACGUCACCUUCCGGAGCGGGGAGCGCUGGCUGUACCAGUGCCAGAUCUGCGAGUGCCUUUUGGGCGAGGUAGACUGUUGGGAGCCCGAAUGCGACGAAGCGGGCGGCGGCUGCUGCACCGACGCGGGCGGCACGUGGCGCGCCCCCCACCGCCUCGAGCUGGCGGGAUGCGCGCCGCACUGCCCCGCGUGCCAGGUACCGACGCGCACAACGUGCGGCCGCGCGAAACUUGAACGCGCCCGCCAUAACUCGCCACGUACCGGCGAGUUAUGGCUAGAUAUC